AUGGCUCAGGUGUUGCCAAUACGCUUCCAGGAGCAUUUACAGCUCACAAAUAUAGGGAUAAAUCCUGCUUCGAUAUCAUUCAACACCCUGACCAUGGAGUCGGAUAAGUUCAUCUGCGUCCGUGAGAAGGUCGGAGACACCUCGGAGGUCGUCAUCAUCGAUAUGGCAGAUCCCACCAACCCAAUAAGAAGACCAAUAAGCGCUGACUCAGCAAUCAUGAACCCAGCCAGCAAAGUCAUCGCUCUCAAGGGAAAGGCAGGAGUGGAAGCAGCGCAAAAGACCCUCCAAAUAUUCAACAUUGAAAUGAAAUCCAAGAUGAAGGCGCAUACUAUGACCGAGGACGUAGUUUUCUGGAAGUGGAUAUCUCCCAACACUUUGGCUCUGGUGACCAAAAUAUCAGUGUACCACUGGUCCAUGGAGGGUGAUUCGACGCCGGUCAAGAUGUUCGAUAGACAUUCAUCUCUAGCUGAGUGUCAGAUCAUCAACUACAGGACCGAUCCUAAACAGCAAUGGUUGCUACUUGUGGGUAUCUCGGCGCAACAGAAUCGUGUUGUGGGCGCUAUGCAGUUAUACUCGGUUGAAAGGAAGUGUUCUCAGCCGAUCGAAGGUCAUGCUGCUUCCUUCGCGACCUUCAAGGCUGAGGGUAACGCUGAGCUGUCUACGCUGUUCUGUUUCGCUGUCAGGACAGCACAGGGCGGGAAGCUGCAUAUCAUCGAGGUCGGUCAGACCCCGGCCGGUAAUCAGCAGUUCCCUAAGAAAGCGGUGGAUGUUUUCUUCCCGGCCGAAGCCCAGAACGAUUUCCCGGUCGCCAUGCAAGUGUCGCCCAAAUAUGACGUCAUCUACCUGAUAACCAAAUACGGUUACAUCCAUAUGUACGACAUCGAAACUGGCACCUGCAUUUAUAUGAAUCGCAUCUCCUCUGAUACUAUAUUCGUGACAGCACCCCACGAAUCCACCGGCGGAAUUAUUGGUGUGAACCGCAAGGGUCAAGUUCUAUCUGUGACCGUGGAAGAGGAGUCCAUAGUUCCAUACAUCAACACGGUACUGCAAAACCCUGAACUGGCGCUCCGGCUGGCUGUGAGGAAUAACCUCGCUGGUGCUGAGGAAUUGUUUGUCAGGAAAUUCAACAUGCUGUUCACCAACGGACAAUAUGGAGAGGCAGCUAAGGUAGCAGCUAUGGCUCCCCGCGGUAUUCUCCGCACGCCGCAGACGAUCCAGCGGUUCCAGCAAGUGCCCACCCAGCCAGGGCAGACCUCCCCACUGUUGCAGUACUUCGGCAUACUGCUCGACCAAGCGCAGCUCAACAAGUUUGAAUCGCUGGAAUUAUGCCGACCUGUACUGCUGCAAGGUCGCAAGCAACUAUUGGAGAAAUGGCUGAAAGAAGAGAAAUUGGAAUGUUCAGAGGAACUGGGAGAUCUUGUGAAGCAGGUCGAUCCUACUCUGGCGCUGUCAGUGUAUUUGAGGGCGAACGUAGCUGCUAAAGUGAUCCAAUGUUUCGCUGAAACCGGCCAGUUUCAGAAAAUCGUGUUAUAUGCUAAGAAGGUGGGUUAUACCCCGGAUUACAUCUAUCUCCUGAGAUCUGUGAUGCGUACUAAUCCCGAGCAAGGAGCGGGUUUCGCUGGUAUGCUGGUCGCCGAAGACCCGCCGCUGGCUGACAUAAACCAGAUCGUGGAUGUGUUCAUGGAACAGAACAUGGUACAGCAAUGCACCGCCUUCUUACUCGAUGCCUUGAAGAAUAACCGCCCCGAGGAAGGAGCUUUACAGACCAGGUUGUUAGAGAUGAAUCUAAUGUCAGCGCCUCAAGUGGCCGAUGCUAUCCUCGGCAAUGGUAUGUUCACGCACUACGACCGCGCCCACGUCGCUCAGCUCUGCGAGAAGGCUGGCCUACUUCAACGAGCUCUAGAACAUUACACAGACUUGUAUGACAUUAAGAGAGCCGUGGUACACACGCACUUGUUGUCCGCCGAUUGGUUGGUGAGUUAUUUCGGUACUCUAUCAGUCGAAGACUCCCUUGAAUGUCUAAAGGCGAUGCUGCAAGCGAACAUUCGUCAGAAUCUUCAGAUCUGCGUACAGAUCGCAACCAAAUAUCACGAACAACUAACAACAAAGGCUCUUAUUGAAUUGUUCGAGAGUUUCAAGACUUAUGAAGGUCUAUUCUACUUCCUCGGCUCCAUUGUGAACUUCAGUCAGGAUUCUGAAGUACAUUUCAAGUAUAUCCAGGCUGCAUGCAAGACUGGUCAGAUCAAAGAAGUGGAACGCAUCUGUCGCGAGUCCAAUUGCUACAACGCCGAACGUGUGAAAAAUUUCCUUAAGGAAGCCAAACUUCCCGACCAACUGCCUCUCAUCAUCGUGUGUGAUAGAUUCGACUUCGUGCACGACCUCGUAUUGUAUUUGUAUAGGAACAGCCUGCAAAAGUACAUCGAGAUUUACGUACAGAAGGUAAACCCAUCAAGGCUGCCUGUAGUAGUCGGUGGUCUGUUGGAUGUAGACUGCGCUGAGGAUAUUAUCAAAAACCUCAUUCUCGUAGUGCGAGGACAAUUCUCCACAGACGAACUAGUAGCUGAGGUUGAGAAGAGAAACAGACUAAAGUUGCUCCUACCAUGGUUGGAGACGCGAGUCCACGAGGGAUGCAACGAACCAGCGACGCACAACGCUCUAGCCAAGAUUUACAUUGAUUCUAACAAUAAUCCCGAGAGAUUCUUGAAGGAGAACCAAUGGUACGAUUCCCGUGUUGUUGGUCGUUAUUGUGAGAAGCGUGAUCCCCACCUCGCUUGUGUGGCGUACGAGCGUGGUCAAUGUGACCGUGAGCUGAUCGCCGUAUGCAAUGAUAACUCGCUGUUCAAGACUCAAGCUCGCUACCUCGUUAGGAGACGAGAUCAGGAUCUUUGGCUUGAAGUACUGGCUGAGUCGAAUCCUUACAAGAGGCAGCUUAUAGAUCAGGUUGUACAAACGGCUCUGUCGGAAACCCAAGACCCUGAGGAUAUUUCUGUAACGGUGAAGGCAUUCAUGACAGCUGACUUGCCGAAUGAAUUGAUCGAGUUAUUAGAGAAGAUUGUUCUAGAUAACUCCGUGUUUUCUGAUCACAGGAACUUACAGAAUCUGCUUAUUUUGACAGCCAUCAAGGCCGAUCGCACUCGUGUUAUGGAAUACAUCAAUCGUCUGGACAACUACGACGCACCGGACAUCGCUAACAUCGCAAUCAAUAAUGAAUUAUAUGAGGAAGCUUUUGCUAUCUUCAAAAAGUUUGAUGUCAAUACAUCAGCCAUUCAAGUGUUGAUCGACCAAGUAAAAGAUCUGCAACGUGCUUAUGAAUUCGCCGAGCGUUGCAACGAACCGGGCGUUUGGUCUCAGCUUGCCAAGGCUCAGUUACAACAGGGAUUGGUUAAAGAAGCCAUCGAUUCCUACAUCAAGGCAGACGAUCCAUCCGCAUAUAUGGACGUAGUUGAUACAGCAACCAAACAACAGUCAUGGGAAGAUCUUGUUAGAUACCUACAGAUGGCCCGCAAGAAGGCACGUGAGUCUUACAUAGAAUCGGAAUUGAUUUACGCCUACGCUCGCACUGGGAGGUUGGCUGAUCUCGAAGAAUUCAUCUCUGGUCCGAACCACGCUGACAUACAGAAGAUAGGAGACCGAUGCUUCGACGAUAAGAUGUACAACGCUGCUAAACUGCUAUACAAUAACGUUAGCAACUUUGCCCGUUUGGCAAUCACUCUGGUGCAUCUCAAAGAAUUCCAAGGCGCUGUGGACAGUGCCCGCAAAGCCAACUCCACUCGUACAUGGAAGGAGGUUUGCUUCGCAUGUGUCGACGCCGGUGAAUUCCGCCUAGCUCAGAUGUGCGGACUACAUAUAGUUGUUCACGCUGACGAGUUGGAAGAUCUUAUUAAUUACUACCAGGAUCGCGGUCAUUUCGACGAGCUCAUCAGUCUACUUGAAGCUGCUCUCGGUCUAGAACGUGCUCAUAUGGGAAUGUUCACUGAACUUGCCAUACUGUACUCCAAGUACAAGCCAGCUAAGAUGCGCGAACAUUUGGAAUUAUUCUGGUCUCGCGUUAACAUUCCGAAGGUUCUUCGCGCCGCCGAACAAGCUCAUCUAUGGUCCGAGCUAGUGUUCCUGUACGAUAAAUACGAGGAGUAUGACAACGCUGCUCUCACCAUGAUGCAACAUCCCACAGAGGCAUGGCGAGAGGGCCACUUCAAAGAUAUUAUCACUAAGGUGGCGAAUAUGGAGCUGUACUAUAAAGCUAUCCAGUUUUACUUGGACUACAAACCUCUGCUUCUGAAUGAUCUUCUGCUAGUAUUAGCUCCUCGUAUGGAUCACACUCGUGCUGUGGGUUUCUUCACCAAGGCCGGUCACUUGCAACUUGUUAAAGCCUACCUGAGAUCCGUACAGAGCCUCAACAAUAAAGCCGUCAAUGAAGCUCUCAAUUCCCUGCUCAUUGAUGAAGAGGAUUAUCAGGGCUUGAGGACAUCGAUUGAUGCUUUCGAUAACUUUGACACGAUCGCACUGGCUCAGCAACUGGAGAAACACGAACUCACCGAGUUUAGGAGAAUUGCUGCCUAUUUGUACAAAGGCAACAAUAGAUGGAAACAGAGCGUCGAACUUUGCAAGAAGGAUGCUUUGUACGCCGAUGCCAUGGAAUACGCCGCUGAGUCACGUCAGGCAGAUGUCGCUGAGGAACUUUUGGACUGGUUCCUUGAGAGACGCAACUACGAAUGCUUCUCAGCUACUUUAUACCAGUGCUACGACCUCUUGAAACCCGAUGUAGUUAUUGAACUGGCGUGGAGACAUAACAUCAUGGACUUUGCCAUGCCGUAUCUCAUCCAAACCGUACGCGAACUUACAACUAAAGUUGAAAAAUUGGAGGAAGCUGAUGCCAAACGUAGCACAGAGAGUGCUGAACAAGAAGCCAAACCAGCGAUGAUUAUGGAACCACAGCUUAUGCUUACUGCCGGUCCUUCGAUGGCUUAUCCAGGUGUGCCAGCGCAGUCUCCUUAUGCUUACGCCGCGCAGGCUCCGUCCCCGGCGCCCUACCACGGCUACGGCAUGUAG